AAGGAACGCCUAAUGUAGUGCUAACGUCCACAGUAAAACACAAAACAAAAAAAAUUUAUGAAUUAAGACUCACAGAAGCGAAUAAAAUAUUAGGUAUUGCCUUUAUUAGAAUUGCAAGAGUUGCUAAAGAAGAAAUACUCAAUUUGAAUUACCGAAUGCAGGACCGGAGAAGUCCUGCCGACCCCGCAAAGCUGGGUAUUGAGGUUGCGAAAGCGUGACAGUUUCCCAGCCGGAAUCAAAUUUCUUCGGUUAGGGCUUGGUGGACGGCGAGUAGUUAGGGCCAAUAUAGUGUUCCUGGGUCCUCAUUGGAUCAGUCCCUUGACUCUUAGUGUAUUUCCCUAAACCACCUAUGAGCGCUUCACUCUAAAAAGACCUUCACUGAUUGGAUACUUUAUCUUCACGUUGGACUCAUUAUCAGCCAAUAGGAGGGCAUAAGCGACAGAGGCGUCAGGUCACCUGGGAAGAGUCUGCAGAGCCUUUGCCCGCCAGCGCCUUCGCUCUUUGGCUCCCUGAGUUAGUCCGGUUGUUUGCGAUCGCCGCGUUCGGGGCUGCGAACCGAAGGGCUCGCUCCGCGCCGCCUGGGUCUCUACCUCAUCCGUAGGUGUGGCCCUGAUGGUGUGGCAGGCUCUGGACUCCUAAAGCUCUGGAGCGAAUUUAAGAUUUUAUUCAUGUGCCUGGCAUAGAAGAUGAAUUCUUCCACUUCCACCAUGAGUGAAGAGCCUGAUGCUCUAUCGGUAGUUAACCAGUUACGGGAUCUAGCAGCAGAUCCGUUAAACAGAAGAGCCAUCGUCCAGGAUCAGGGAUGUCUGCCUGGCCUUAUUUUAUUUAUGGACCAUCCCAACCCUCCAGUCGUCCACUCCGCUUUGCUUGCUCUUCGAUACUUGGCAGAAUGCCGUGCAAACAGAGAAAAGAUGAAAGGAGAACUGGGUAUGAUGUUGAGCUUACAAAAUGUUAUACAGAAAACUACAACUCCAGGAGAAACAAAACUUCUGGCCUCUGAAAUCUAUGACAUUCUUCAGUCCUCCAAUAUGGCAGAUGGUGAUAGUUUUAAUGAGAUGAAUUCACGUCGAAGGAAAGCUCAGUUUUUUCUGGGAACUACAAACAAACGUGCCAAAACAGUGGUUUUGCAUAUAGAUGGCCUUGAUGAUACGUCUCGGAGAAAUCUAUGUGAAGAGGCUUUGUUAAAAAUUAAAGGUGUUAUUAGCUUUACUUUUCAAAUGGCUGUUCAAAGGUGUGUGGUGCGAAUCCGUUCAGAUUUGAAAGCUGAGGCUUUGGCAUCGGCAAUAGCAUCAACCAAGGUUAUGAAAGCUCAGCAAGUUGUGAAAAGUGAAAGUGGAGAAGAGAUGUUGGUCCCAUUCCAAGAUACUCCUGUGGAAGUUGAACAGAACACAGAGCUACCUGACUACCUGCCUGAGGAUGAGAGUCCCACAAAGGAACAGGACAAAGCGGUGUCCCGGGUCGGCUCACACCCAGAAGGUGGAGCUAGCUGGCUUAGCACAGCUGCAAACUUUUUAUCCAGAUCAUUUUAUUGGUGACUUCACUUUUGGGCUCAAGGACUGUGUGAACCAACAAGGGGCCAGUUUUCCAUUGUUGUGGUGAACUGUCAAGUGCAAUUUGCAAUAAGUUAUCAUGAAAAGUUUUUAGAUUACAUGAUCGCAUAUGCUGCAUUUCACAUUUUAUUGGACAUUUUACCCCACUGAGUGGUAAAAAGGACAGAGGCUACAGAUGGAGUUGCUUUGUUUAUGAAAGUAUUUUGGUUUUGUUUUCUUUCAUUUAAUUGCCUCAUAUUUAAAAACCAUGGGUCCACUGUUAAAACCACAUGUGUAUGUGCAGCUUUACAUUUUAUUUUACAUGAAGCAUGUGAUUAGGAAAACUCAUUUUCUUCUCAAGCCUCAGGACCUACCUGAAGAGAAGUUUUCUUGUAGCUCAAGUUGUGCAUGAAUUACUGAAUAUUUUACUGUGCUUUUCUUCAUGAAGGGUACAUGCUUUGUACUCUUCACUGAAAGCUGAAAACAUUUCUUGUUACCCUCUUUUGUGCCUUUUUAUUUUGCCAACCGUGUUUAUAGAAAGGACAUUACUAAUGACAUUUUGCAGAUUAAAAACAUUCAUUUGAACACAGUAGUCCCCUAGAAAAACAACUCUACAAAAAUUUUGCAGCCUUAUUCAUUAUAAUUUUAAUAAAAUUAACACAAAAUCAGUCAAGAAGGAAACAUGUAUAUUAGUGAAGUGUUUUUGGAGACUGUUUGAAUGUGACCAAAUGUGGUUCUAGUUGACUUCUUUUCACUUUGGCUUAUAUCAAUUCUUGAGAGUUAAUGUGUGAUCAUGAUAUUGCAAACAACUAUAAAUGGUCUCUAGGCCUUACUUUGUGAUUAUACAUUAUCUCCGGCUAGAAAAAAAUAAUGGUAGUAAAGAAACUGACAGACUGAAAAUAAGAAAACAAAAAUCAAAUGCCUAUAAUACCAUAAUGCCAGUUUGGUAUAAAGUCCAACUUCAAAACAUGAAUUGCUCGACAGAGUUCUAUUCAGUAGGUGUUUCUUUGUAUUGUCUUUUGUGAAUUUAUUAUGAAAAUGCUGCAGUUGUAUUGAAUGAAAAAGACCCAAAUUACUGCUUAUGAAGAAAUAAAGCCAGCAUUGAUCACUUAAUCCUGUUUCUCAUGUCCAGCCAGAAAACAGAACUUCAGUGAAGGUAAGAUAAAUAAAUACAUACACAUAUUUUUUUUGGUAGAUAAGUGCUAAUUACAUAUAUGUAAUGCUUUAUUAAAUUUCUGAAAUAUUUGGUAACUAAAAUUUUCUUUUUGGAAAUUAAUAAAUCCAGGUACAUAUUAAUGUUGAUAUGACUAAAAACAAAUAGGAAGAAAUUGAAAUUUCUUUUCAUCAACACGUAGAGCUGCUAUUUUACUAUUUGGAGAAUAUGAUGUGAAAAUUGGACCUCAGAGGGUUUCCUUGUGUUUUCAUUGUAAAAUACCGUCAUCAAUGAGAGUCUUGAGUUCACUAACAUUGUCACCUUCUGGAGAGAGAGUUAUUGGGGGGCAUUGAGGAUGAUAUUUUUUUACAUGUGUUUGGUUUCUGAUUCAAGUGACACGCACAAACUGAAAAAAAAAAAACAAAAAAACGACAAUAACUUUCAGGGCACCUAUUGCUCUAAAUGCAUAAUAUAACUUGCUGCCAGAACCAGAUGUGUUUAAAAAAGAAAAUAAAACCACCUUCUUUCUAUAGCCAUUAAAGCAAACUUUACUGUUCUAACAAAUUUGUAUUUUAUUUUGCAUUGCCACACAUCUGCUUAUCUAAAAACUCUAUCCCUUUGGUAGUAAUGUUUCAGGACAAGUAGGUAUUUUUACAGCUUGAUGUUUGUGUGUUCUAAUUCUAAGAGUUCUUUAUUCCAGAUCAUAUAGAGUAGUUAAGACAACUGUAACAGCAUUUUUUGAAAUACACUGUAAAAUAAUAAAAGGUAACAUAAUUAAAAUCGAGUGGAUAUUA